AUGAAUUGGUCGCCUGCUGGUGAAAAAGAAUUUGAACGUAAUGGAGGAGGGCGGUAUGAUUGUAAAGGGGGUGAGCUAUUGGGAAGAAAGAAAACAUUUCCUAAAUGCAUUUGGGAGGACUUUAAGAUAAACAUCAUAGGUGAAAAGUUUGAUUUACCAGUUCAUUUCUGUGACAAAUGUGAUUUGCCUAUUAAAAUCUGUGGGCGUAUAAUUCCGUGCAAGUAUGCUUUCUGCUAUGACUGUGCUAAUUUAUAUGAAAGAAAAGGAGGUAAGAUAUGACCAGGCUGUAGUAUUCCUGUGCUGCAAAUUGUGGAGCAUACACGAGGUUCUGUCUUCGUGUGUAGCGCUGGCCAAGAGUGCAGGAAAACUUAUUUGUCUCAAAGAGAGUUAGAAGCUCAUAUCAACUACCGCCAUAAGAGAGCUGAAAAACUUGUUAAAUGUGCUCCACUUAAAAAAGUUCACCCUCGUAUUGCUUCACCAACAACUGAAAUCCCUGAAAUGCUGCUAGACCAGGACCAUAUGAGCCAUAUUCCACCAGAGUUGCACAGCAUUAUGUCACCAUCUCCUGUGCAGUGUGUAUCACACAAGCGCAGUAACCAGCCACGCAAGGAUCUUUAUGCUCCUCCAGCAGAAUUGUCCACCCCACCUCCUUUGCUCCAUCAGGAAGUCGUUAGUAUUUCAACAAGAGAACACAGCAAUUUAAUAAUCACCCCUAUUCAGGGUGACUCAAAUUCUGGUGCCAAAGAACUAUCACCUCCUGCCCCAGCACUGGCUCACCAUCAUCCUGAAUAUCAAAGUCAGCCAGUGGUAUUGCCCCCUUAUAUUAUGCCUCCAGAGGCACAUGCACUACCCGCAUCUACUCCACCACCAUCACAUAUGAGCGAGCUGUUAGCCUCCCAGCUCUGCAUAAGCCUGAUGUUUGUCACCAAGACCGACAUCACUUUGGAUGCCACUUGGCUGCAUUUUAGACAGCGAGUUGGGCAAACCUGUGCCAUCAGAGCCAUCGCCUUUACCAUAGCGCACACAUUUGUCGCUUCUCUGGGAACUGCUGGAAGUGCCUUCUUAUCGCUUCUCCUCCUUCUGGUCUCACCAUCAGCCUCACUCAUCCAACAGCUGCUAAGGAAGCCCUCUAACAUAUGCCCAGAGGCACUAGCAAUUUUGAUCACCUCUGUCCAGUUUCAGGGAUUGCAGGGAUUAGAAGAUGACCUGCAGUUCCCGCCGCAGUCCAUGUACUUUCUGGUCACGCUGAUUUUAGGGUACAGACCUUUGGAGAUCCAACCCAGAUCUUUUAACACAACAGAUGAUUACCACAAAUGGACCCAUGUGGCACAUCAGGUGAAGAGAAUUCCUGUUGUCCAGCAGGAAAGGGUCCAGUGGACCACCCCUGAAGUAGGAGAUACUCCUCCUGAGGGUGCAGACAGGGUAUUUGGAGGGCUGGCGAGCAGGGUCAUUUGGGAUGAGGGAAGGCCACUGGAUGACCAGGGUCAUCGUGAUUCACCACAGCCCCCGAGAGGGCAGGCCAGGCUGCUCAGCCCAGAAAUGGCCAGGGCUUCAGUAGCUUCAGUGUCCAUCUGA